ACAUGAGAUUUCCUUCCAUAAAUACUCAAAUCAAAUUAUAAAACUCUCUUCACAUAUUCAUGUCCCCUUUGGCAUCAAAAUUUUUCUCCCCUCCCCAAAUGAAGAAGAAGAAAAUUCUAAGCACCAUCCUCGUCCUCUUCUUCUUCUCAUCAUUCUCCUUCUUCAUGUUCAUCAUACAUCCAGAUAGGUUUUACCUACACGACGUCGUUUUUGAGGUUCGAGUCAUCAAUGGCUUCAGAAACAACUCGUCUUUGCCUUUAGUAAUAUGGUGCUCUUCAAAAGAGAGUGAUUUGGGUGGGAGGGCAUUGCAAGAGCACGAUGAUUUCAGCUGGAAAGUGACAACAAAACUUUGGAAGAGCAACCAAUUCUCUUGUACCAUGAAAUGGGAUGCCAAAAGGAGAUCAUUUGAUGCGUUUAAGGUUCCUAGGGACUUUUACCGAUGUGGGAAUUUCAAGAAGUGUUCUUGGUUGGUUACUGAAGAUGGCUUCUAUUUUAGCCCUGAUGAAGUUAAUUGGAAGAAAGAUUUUCAGUGGUGAUUAAACACACAAUUUUUGUCAAAUCACUCUCUCCCACCACAUAAAGAAAGAAAUGUGACAUUGAUGAAAAGGCAAGAGCACUUAGAUUUCCUAUUGUAAUGAACAUAUUAUUGUAAUUAUAGUAAUGUUUUUAUUCUUUCUUAGUUUUUAUUUCAUCACAUACAUUAUUCGAGUUGAA